AACGAUGUCGAGGUCUGGCAGUUAGUUGAAUAAAUGCAAGGCCAUUGAAUAGACAUAACGCAAGAAGAGAACGUACUGUGCACUCGCUUCCCAGUGUAAUAAAUAAACAAUUGUGUUUGUUUAAAAAAAUGACUAAAUCUAGUCAGUUAGUACAAUAUCGUCUUCGCAAUUAAAUAUUGCGGGUACUAAGUAGUACCUAUAGCCAAAACAAAAUGGUGUAAAGUAAAGAUAAUUUUAAGUGUCAUGGAUAAAUUUACAUCCUUGAUGUUUCUUCGAGAGAAGAACAAAUAUCUGACUUGAAAAUAAAAUUUUAAUUAUUAUAAAAUGAGUGGAGAGAAAAACAAUAUUGCUUAUCUGAGUCACCGGAAAUAAAGAGUCAUGCAAUUCGAAAGAUACAGUGAUAUUUUAAUUAAUUCCGGCAAGAUGAGGAAAAAGAUAUUAAUUAGCAGCUGCUUUGGAGUUUUAUUAUUUAUAUUUGUACUGAGUUGCAACAAUGAGAUGAUUGCAAGCUUAGUUUCUUCUUCAAUUGAGGAUAUUUCAUGUUACAAUGAACCGUCGGCUUUUUAUUCUCUCAAAAGUUUUGACACCAAAGAUGCCAAAAGAUUGGCUGCUGGGAAGAAUAUAUUCUUCCAUGAGACUUCCUGCUUUUACCAAGGAAUUGUUCUGAACGCCCGACAAGCUUGUGCUGUUGAAUCGGCCGCUAAAAUGAACCCCGGGAUAAAUAUAUACUUGCUGGUUUUAAGUAAUAUGAAUUUUUCUAACAGUAGUAAGGAUUUGAUAAUGCAUUUGAAGAGUUACAAGAAUAUUCAUAUCAGGAGGAUAUUCAUGGAGGAGUAUGUUAAGGACACUCCUAUUGAGGAAUGGUGGGCCAGUAAUGUCCUUAAAUCUAGUCGAUGGCCUAGAAGUCAUAUGUCUGAUAUACUUAGGUACCUUACGCUUUGGAAGUUUCCUGGAAUUUAUCUUGAUCUUGAUGUUGUUGUUAAAUCCCCGUUGGAGAAGCUAAAGGAUUUUACUUGCGCUGAAAGUUGGGAUGACGUUGCUGCAGGUGUAAUAGGAUUCGGAGCGUCUCAUCUCGGGCGCCAGGUAGCCGACGCUUGUCUACGUGACUUGAAAAAAAAUUUUCGCGGAGAUAUCUGGGGCAAUAAUGGACCUGGCGUUAUUACUCGGACGCUUCAAAAAAUCUGCGCGACUAAAUAUGCACGUGAUAUGACCAGCAAACGCUGUCACGGAUUCACGGUUUACCCACCUUCUGCGUUUUAUCCAAUUCACUACAAGAUGUGGAAGGAAUACUUUGACUCUACAAAUAAAACUGAAACACUAAAGGUAAUUCGUAAAGCGUAUGCUAUUCAUGUCUGGAAUAAACUAAGUCAUUCUGAAGAAAUAAAAGUUGGGAGUAAUGUACCUUAUGCUGUUAUAGCUAAUCAAUAUUGCCCUAAAGUUUAUAAUAAUUGUGGUAAAAUAUUUUGAUGUGAUUUUAUCAAAGUUAGCACUUAAAAUAUUUAAAAA